CUGCACAGAGAAAAAAGGUCUAAAGAAAGGCCACCGUUCUUUUCCCUCUUUCUCCUCUAUUCGGAUCCCAAACCAUUUUCCUUGCGAAAUUGUAAAGUUCCUUUCACGUCCGUCUACGAGCUCGGCCGUAGUCUCCGAAAAUCUCCAAAAUUCCUUCCAUGUUGUUUUCUAGGGUUUUCCGAAUUCCCGAACUUCCACCCACGCCCUGCUAGGGUUUGGAGAGAAUUGAAUUCUCCUUGCUUUCGAAACAGUAAUCCGAGAUCUUGAAUCGGUGAUGUUUACACCCCAACAGCGAAAGGGCUUCUCGGGCUGGUCGAUUUCGCCACGGGACCCGCAGCGAACUACUGCUGGGAUUGGUUCGGCGAACACUAGGAAUGUGAAAGGGAAGGGUGUUGCCGCUUCUGUCGAAGCUGGGCCUACUCUGCCGUGGGCUUCCCUGGGAGAAAAUGGCAGGGCAAGGUUCGAUGGGGAUGGGGAUUUGGAGGUGUGGCAGCAGUUUCGGGAGGCGGGAUUGCUGGACGAGGCUGCAUUGGAGAAGAAAGAUAGAGAAGAUCUUGUCAAUCGGAUUUCGAAGCUUGAGCAUGAGCUUCAUGAAUACCAAUACACUAUGGGGCUUCUGUUGAUUGAAAAGAAAGAGUGGACCUCUAAACAUGAGGACCUCAGGCAGACAUUGGCGGAGGCAGAGGAGAUCCUCAAACGGGAACAAGCUGCACAUCUUAUUGCCAUGUCUGAAGUAGAGAAGCGAGAAGAAAACUUAAGGAAGGCUGUGGGGGUGGACAAGCACCGCAUUGCUGAUCUCGAGAAGUCUUUGCAUGAGGUCCAUGCAAAAUCAUCAGAUGUCAAGGUUGCUUCUGAUAAGAAGUUGGCUGAAGCUCAUGCUGUCGUUGUGGAUGUCGAAGAGAAGAGUUUGGAGGUAGAGCGAAAGCUUCAUGCUGCUGAUGCUAAGCUGGCAGAAGCAAGUCGAAAGCAUUCAGAGAUGGUGUGGAAAUUGCAAGAGCUUGAGACUCGUGAAAGUUUACUUCACAAGGAACGAAUGUCCAUAAAAGCAGAGCACGAAGAGCAAGAGGGUGCUUUUGUUAAACAAAGAGAAGAUUUGCGAGAUUGGGAAAGAAGAUUAUGGGAUGGUCAAGAGAGGCUUAUCGAGGGACAGAGACUUCUCAACCAGAGGGAGAAUAGGGCAAAUGAUAAAGAUAUGGUUCUUAAUAAGAAAGAAAAGGAUCUUGAGGAUGCACGUAAGACAAUUGAGAUAACUAGUUUAAAUUUGCAAAAGGUAGAAGCUGACAUAAGCGCAAGACUGACAGCCUUGGCUGUUAAAGAGGAGGAAGCUGCUGUUCAGAAACAGGACCUGGAGGUGAAAGAACAGGAACUACUUGCAUUAGAACAAAAACUCAAGGAAAGAGAAACUAUGGAGACUUGGAAGCUCACUGACCAGCAUAAUGCUGUUUUGGAUAUGAAGAAACGUUCGUUUGAGUUGGAAUUGGAUGAAAGGAGAAAAUCCAUUGACAAGGAGCUGAAAGGGAAGCUGGAUGCAGUGGAGCAAAAGAAAGAUGAAAUCAACCGCAAGGAGGAAAAGGUUGUUAAAAGAGAACAGAGUUUAGAAAAGAAGUUGGAGAAACUGAAGGACAAGGAGAAGGACUAUGAGUUGAAAUUCAAAUCUUUGAAGGAGAGGGAGAAAUUGGUUAAAGCUGAAGAGAAGGGCUUGGAGGCAGAGAAAAGAGAAGUAGAUGCUGAGAAACAGGACUUGCUGAAACUCAAGGCAGAACUCGGGAAGGAGAGGGAUUUACUGAUUGAAGAAAAACAACAGAUUCUUCGAGAGCAGGAUAAUCUUAAAGUAACAGACGAAGAGAGGGGUGAGGUCCUCUCCUUGCGAUUGAAACUGAAACUUGAAGUAGAUAACUACAAUCAUGAGAAAGAAUCUCUUAUGAAGGAAAGAGAGAAUCUGAAGCAGGAAAGAGUGAAUUUCGAGAGAGACUGGGAAACUCUAGAUGACAAACGAGUUGAUAUUGCAAAAGAGCUAAGUCAAAUCAACAAGGAAAAAGAGAGGCUAGAGAAAUGGAAACAGGAAGAAGAGAAGCGAUUGAGAAGCGAGAAGGCGGAGACAGAGGAGCAUAUUCAGAAGGAGUUGGAAGCUCUCAGGCUCAAGAAAGAAGCAUUUGAGGGAUCCAUGCAGCACGAGCGGUCAGAGAUUUUUGAAAAGGCCCGAAAAGACCAUGACGAUAUGCUUCACAGCUUUGAUCUCCGCAGUCAUGAUCUUGAGACUGCUAUGCAGACUAGGCGGGAAGAUAUGGAGAAACUCCUACAGGAAAAGCAGAGGGCAUUUGAGGAGGAGACAGAGAGAGAACUCGCACACAUCAAUUUCUUAAGAGAGCAAGCUCAAAGGGGGAUGGAAGAAAUAAAGCUGGAAAGGCAAAGGCUUGAAAGGGAAAGGCAGGAAAUCGCUGAUGGCAGAGAGCAUGUCGAGCGGGACCAGCUCGAGAUACGAAAUGACAUCGAUGAGCUCAAUCUUCUUAGCAGCAACCUAAGUCGUCAACGGGAAGUGUUUAUGAAGGAGAGAUCUCGUUUCCUUGCUUGUGUUGGGGAGCACAAGAGCUGCAGGAAUUGUGGAGCAUUAGUGUCUCCUGAUCUCGAAACCUUACCUGAAAUUGAGGAUGCCGGGCCUGCUUUUCUGCCGAGGAGCAUGAAGGAGGCGUUGGGUGCUUCCGAGAAGCCGAAUGCCGAAAUGACUCCAGCUGGAAAGGCUCCAAAUUCUGCCGGUUCUGGUGGUCGCAUGUCUUGGCUUCGAAAAUGCACUUCAAGGAUAUUCAGCCUUUCACCAGGAAAGAAAAAUGAGGACGCCACUCAAAAUCAGGCUGAUGGGCCUCUUUUAUUUCCCAUGGAAGCAUCAGAAGGAUUACAUGAGGCUGAAGACGUACCUGGAUCGUCUGUUGGUGCAGUGAGUGAUUCUUUUGACAUUGAGAGGAUCCAAUCUGAUAACAGCAUCAGAGAGACGGAGAAUGAACAGACACUGUCUAUUGAUGAACAGAGUGAAGUUGCUAAGAUAUAUGGAGCUUCAGAAGCUGUAUUUGCAUCACUUGAAAUUGUGGAAGAUUCCCAGCCUCUAGCAUCAAAGCAUAACAGUAGGCGCAGACCUGGCAAGAGAGCUGGGCGCAGAGGGACUCUCUCUUUGAAGAAGGUCGUUGAGGAAGCCAAAGCUUUCCUAGGGGAAGCCUUGGAACCCAAAAUGGAUGACCAGCUAAACGAGAAAGCUGUAGAGCCUUCACAGAUGAAUGAGAGUGGGGGAGAUUCUCGUAGCGUGGAUGGAAGAAGUAGACGUGUCGGUCGGAAGCGGCGGCAUGCUCCUGCUGCUAGAAGCACAGCUAGCGAGCAGGAUGCUGAUGACAGCGAAGCCCGUUCUGAUAGCGCCACAACAGGAGGGCGCCGGAAAAGGCAGCAAACUGUUGCUCCUGGUACACAGACUCCUGGGGAAAGGCGGUACUACUUCAGGCGAUCCACAGUUGCGGGCAUGGCCUCCACCACACAAGCCUUGGCUGACCGGACCGCAGAAACUGUGAGAGAAGAUCAUCCAAAACCCACAGAUUUGCCUGAGAACAAGGCGCUGAAGGUGGGCAGAAAUGCAGGGGAGGCAGAUCCCAUCCUUGAACCUGCAGAUGCAUCUCCUGUCGGAGUUGCUAGCGGGAAUGAUAAAGGAGCGUGCAUAUUGCAGAAAGCAGCAACGAAAAACGUCAAUGUGCUUGAAACAGGGGAACUCUAUGCUGAGACUGAUGGCAAUGUUGAUGAGAGGUUAGUCGACUACAUGGAGGUGAGUGAGCAGAAUGAUAAUCAAGGGGAGCAAAGAGAGAUUGAGAUAGAAGAGGCUGAUGAUGGGGAAGGGAGUGAAGGCGGGAAGGAUGAUAGCUCUGGGGAUGAAGAAGAAGACUCAGAGAAUCACAGUGCAUCGAUUAGGAAGAAGCUUUGGAAUUUCCUCACCACGUGACAGUUGUCUUCAGUCAUGGUGGGCCAGUGCUUGGUGGGGUCUUGACUACAUCUUUUUCUUUUCGUUUUAUUAUUUUCCGGAGUCUGUUGGUAAGAUCUCUGUAACGUCUGUGUAUUUCAUUUAAGCAAGGGUGCGUUUGGUUGCACCAAAUAUCACAAAAUGUUGUUUUAUUAUGCCAGUACUCCUGUUUGGUUGCGUCAAGAUAUACAUUUAUUUUUGAUUCCAAAAUAGAGCCCCAGACAUGAAUGGACCAUGUAAUAAACUUGCUCCCGUGUUGGGACCGAGACAUUCAUCAGGGGAACCCCUUUAUGCA